AUGGGGAGCGUUGGUGUCCCUAAAAAGCCUUACACGGCCUUGAUAGCCGGAGCUGGAAUUGGUGGCCUCUCUGCAGCCAUCGCCCUUUCCCGUCAAGGCCUUGACGUGACAAUUCUCGAAGGCAAAUCCGAGUUGAAUGAGUUUGGUGCCAGCAUCGGCAUCAGUCCCCAUGCAGUCAGAGUGAUCAAAUCAUAUGGGCUCGAGGAACAGUUCAGGCCAAACGUCACCGAGAACAGAUACAUUGACAUGCGCGCCGGAGCCGACAACAGAGUUCUGGGUGCCGUCUUCACCAACGAGGGGAACACUAGCAAGAUCCUCUACGGAGAACCAGCAUGGACCAUCCACCGCGCAGACUAUCAACAAUUGCUUGCCAAGGGUGCGCUAGGAUACGGAGCCAAGAUCGUGUUCAACGCGCAAGUCACCAAGGUCGACGUAGACACCAACACGGUAUACCUCGCAGAUGGCCGUGCGCUCACCGCCGACUUGGUUGUCGGAGCUGACGGCGUCCGGUCCCUGGUGCGCGCAUCCAUCCCUGCCACAGCGUCCGCCGAAUUGAUCCCCCUAAAUGAAAAGGCAUAUCGAUGCUCGGUCGACAAAGCAUCCAUGGUGAACAACCCGAACCUAGCAUGGCUUUUGAAGAACCACACCAGUCAGUUGUGGUUAAUGUCAGGCAAAUAUGUUCUCUCCUGGCCAAUGCCGCCUCACAAGCCAUACGAUGUUGUGGUCUGUGUUGGUGACGGAUGCAAUGUUCCCUACGGGUAUUGGGGCAUCAAGGCCGACCCGAAGCAAGUCGCUGAUGAGUUUGGCGAUGCGUGUCCAACGAUACGGGACUUGCUUGCCAACAUCGGCCCGUGUAUACAAUGGCGUUUCGCAGAGCUUCCGCCACUCAAGACCUGCCGCAGUGACAAGGGCGGUGUGGUGCUGCUGGGUGACGCAUGGCACGCGAUGCUUCCCCACGCCGGCGGCGGCGGAUCUACUGCCAUUGAGGACGGUGCAGUUCUAGCAGAAUGCAUCCGCUGGGCUUGGGAGAACGAUCGACCGAUCUCCGAGGCGACAAAGGCAUAUGAAGCGAUUCGCAAACCGCGCGUGGAGCGUAUACAAGCCGCCAGUCGCGAAGGCGUGAGGUUUCUGAAUGGGGAGAACGCCGAGAUGCGCGAUACAAUGUUGGCCGAGCAGCUGGAGAUUGACAAGAGUCUGUUGGCUCGACCAGAGGAGGAGCGGAGGACGGAUCCCAAGCCGCCAGCAGACAUGUCCGCCCCCUUUCUCAGCCCAUCGUUUUCCCAGUGGUUGUUCAGUUACGACGCCGUCAAGGAGACGCAGGCGUAUCUUUCGAAUCAGUAG